GGCCGCGUGGGAGAAGAGCGCUUCCGCUUUCUCCUUACCGAGUCGCCGUCUCCGUCCCGGUGACGCCAGCGUCGUCGGAGGUUGACUCACCUCUUCUUAAAGGGGAAGUGAUGCAGUUGGCACGCCUGAAGUGAAGCAAGACGCGCGGGGCAUAGCGGGGCGUGGCGUGGCGUGUCGUAGGCGCCGCCGCCAGGAAGCGACGGGUGUCGGCGGUGUAGUCAGGAGGUGAGGAUGAGCAAGCCCCUAACGCCUUCGACGUACGUCCGCUGCAUUAGCUACGGGCUCAUGAGGCAGCUGGCAGAUUUCAUCGAUCCGCAAGAAGGGUGGAAGAAAUUAGCAGUUGAUAUAACCAAUCCCUCCGGUGACAGCAGAUACAACCAAAUGCAUAUAAGGAGAUUUGAGGCAUUUGUACAAAUGGGAAAGAGCCCCACAUGUGAAUUACUUUAUGACUGGGGAACAACAAACUGUACAGUUGGUGAUCUUGUGGAUCUGCUGAUUAGGAAUCAAUUCCUAGCACCAGCAAGCCUCUUGCUUCCAGAAACUGUAAGGAUGGCACAAGAAGUUACAUUACCUCUUUCUUCACAGGAAACCUUGCCUAUACAUGAGAAACAACUGCCUAUACAGGAAAAAGAAGUGGCAUCUGUAAAGCCUGUUUUAGCUCAGAGUACUGAGAAGCAACAUUUAGCUCCUCCCUACUUAAGUCAAGAAAAUAGCAGCUCACAAUCUAGUAACACAGAUUUCCGUAAUUUUCUGUUUCAUGACUUGGAAAGUGUUACAAAUAAUUUUGAUGCGCGACCAGAAUCAGCUGGAGGUAAUAAGCUGGGAGAAGGGGGCUUUGGCAUUGUGUUCAAAGGCUACAUCAAUGGCAGAAAUGUGGCUGUCAAGAAGCUCGUUGCUAUGGUUGAUGUCAGUGUUCAAGACUUGAAACAGCAAUUUAAUCAAGAAAUAAAAAUGAUGGCAAAGUGUCAGCAUGAGAAUCUAGUAGAAUUACUUGGUUUCUCAAGUGAUGGUGCUCAGCCAUGUCUGGUGUACGAAUACAUGCCCAACGGUUCAUUGCUUGAUAGACUUGCUUGUCUGGAUGAUACUCCACCAAUUUCUUGGAAUACAAGAUGUAAAAUUGUUCAAGGUACAGCAAAUGGCAUCAACUUUUUGCAUGAAAAUAGUCAUAUUCACAGAGAUAUUAAAAGUGCAAAUAUCUUAUUAACUGAUACAUACAUGCCCAAAAUUUCUGACUUUGGACUUGCAAGAGCAUCUGUAACAUUCACACAGACAAUCAUGACUGAAAGAAUUGUUGGAACAGCAGCCUAUAUGGCACCUGAAGCUCUGCGGGGAGAGAUAACGCCGAAAUCUGAUAUCUUCAGUUUUGGAGUGGUCUUACUAGAAAUAAUAACAGGUCUUCCUCCAGUAGAUGAAAACCGGGAGCCACAGUUACUGUUAAGUAUCAAAGAUGAAAUUGAGGAUGAGGAAGCAACUAUUGAGGAUUACAUUGAUGAAAAGAUGAGUGACUGGGAUGCACCUUCAGUUCAUAAAAUGUAUUCAAUUGCUGGUCAGUGUCUGAAUGAGAAAAAGAACAGAAGGCCAGACAUUAAGAUGGUCCAACAGCAUCUACAAGAGAUAAAAACUUGAUGCAUGUUUCUUCUGGUAGACAAAUGUUUUUGAAAUGGAGUAGACACCAGUAGCAAAUAUUCUAUUAGUAUUUAGUGUGACUUUAUCAGCUUUUGUGUUUUCCAGAAAUCUCUGGUCUGCACCUAAGGUGUGCUGGUGGCCUGUCACCGCUGUGCUAUUUUCGUUAACUGAGCAGCCUUUUCACAUAUUCUUAGCCACUGGGCUCUCAACAGGAGAGAACUUUUUUUGUAUUAAGAAAUUGCAGUGCUGGUGCAUCUUCUCCACAGCUUUUUAAAUGUGUUUCUGUAUUGGAAUCCAUUUGAUUCUUUUGAUUUCCAAGUAUCAAGUAUGUCUGCUGCAAAGGCACGUGACAGUAACAGACUGCAAUGGGGUUUUUUCCUGCAAAUUGUUUUCCUGAUCAGGUGUACCAGACAUUUUUCUAUUGAAGACAACGUUAAAUAGAUACAAAUGGCAUUUAUGUUGUCUUUUGGGGAAAAGACAAUAGUAGUACCCAUUUAAAACAAACUUUUUUCUCUUUUUAACUUGAGAGUUCAUAUUCAUGUGAAUGGACUGGUAGUGCUUGUGAAUAUGACUAUUUUUCAGAAAGUCUUCUCGGGAUUAGUUUUAGUCAGAUAAAUGCUGCAAGACAUACUCUAGGUUGUUUUUCAGAUUCAAGGAUUCACAAGCAAAAUAAUUAUCUUCCAGUGCAAAUGCAAAAAUACGUACGGCUUUCUUCCAGUGAGCACUGUAUGAUGACAAACUGUUUAAUUUUUGUUCGUAGGAAGACUCGUACCUACUUUGAAUAUUUUACAUUUUAGGAGAAGAUUCCGUAUGGAUUAUAAAUACAGAUGGUAUAUUUUCCUAAAGGGGCCAGAAAAAUAAUUCUAAGACCAAUUCUGCAUUUUCCUUAGUCAAAUAAUGAAGCUUUUUU